AUGGUGUCCCUUUGGGGUCGCAAACGGUCUGAUUCCGAAACGGAACCGCAUGAGCAGUAUCAUCAAGGCGAAGAGCAAGGGUAUCGAGGACCCGAUGAACGCACCAGACUUCUCCCUCCGGAAGCCUCUCGAGGCUAUCUCGAUCCAGAUGAUCCUGCCGUAUCCCCUUACAAUCUGUGGAGCAUACGGGCUCUGCGCGCCCUGUCUCUAGGUUUCCUCGCCAUCAGCUUUGUGUGGUGGACGUUCCUCCUGGUAUCGAUCUUUGUGAGCCCGCCGUUGAUGUACACUCGGGGAUCUGGCUUCUUCGAAUUCUCGUACACCACGUUGACCGUUGGCUACCUUCUCAUUGGCCUAUUGUUUUUCGCCAUCCCAUCGAAGCCCAUGACCAUUUGGGGGAUCAUCUUAGCCGUCCUCCUCCUGGUUGAUAUGUGCAUCAUUCUCGGGGUUCCACAGAUCCGCGUCGAAGAAGGCUGGGUUGGGAUUGCCUCGGUCGUGUGGGCGACCUUCAUCUCCAUCUACAACGUGGUACAGAUCCGGUUUGUCGCCUGGGGCAAGAAAGAGGAGGAAGAGCGGCUCACCGGCCGAGAGGAGACUCGGCGCUCACUUCGCGAAUGGGUCGCCGUGCUAGCAGAGACCAUCAUCAUGGCCAUCAUGGUCAUCAUUGCCAUUCUCCUCACCGCCACGCUGACUCUGCGCUCGCGAGAUGCAUCGCUGGCCCCUCCCGGGAAGAGAUACUACGUCGACGGCGAGCGAUAUCAAGUCCACCUCGCCUGCGUCGGCAACUUCACAGGUCCCGCCGAAGAUGGCAAGGGAUCUGCCUUGCCCACCGUGCUCCUCGAAGGCGGAGAGGGUCCGGUCGAGCACUCCCUCCAGCCCUUCAUCCACCAGGCCUACCGCAACGGCACCAUCGACCGCUACUGCUACUGGGACCGCCCGGGGUUCGCAUGGUCGGACAACGCCCCCUCGCCGCAUUCCGCAGGGAUGGCAGCCGACGCGCUUUCCGAAGCGCUCGCCCUCGCCGGCGAGGAAGGCCCCUGGGUCGUCGUCUCGGCAGGCAUCGGCUCCAUCUACAGCCGAAUCUUUGCUAGCCGCCACCUCUUUGAAGUCCAGGGAAUCUUCCUGAUCGACCCCUUGCACGAAGACGAGCUGGGCGGCACUCGCAUCGGCAACCCGGGCCGCGGGUUCACUCUGUGGGCGCGCGGGAUCAUCUCCCCGCUGGGGCUUGACCGACUGGCCGGCGCGAUCUUCAAGGGCCGCACGCGCGAGGACCGCAUCGUCGGCCGUAGCGCCUACCAGUCCGGAAAACUCAUCAAGGCCCAGCUGCAGGAGAACCUGGUCGCGCCCUCAAUGUCUGCCAGCGAGGUUCGCAGCGCGCGCAACAUCCAGAUGCCUCGCACGCCGCUCGUCGUCGUCAGCUCCGGCGUCGAGGUGCGUCGCAGCGAGAAGUGGGCCAACCAGCAACAGGACCUGUCGCGCAUCACGGACAAUCUCCUCGCCUGGGAUACUGUCAAGGCGGCGCCGCAUGAGGUCUGGAAAACCUUGCGUGGCCGUGAGGUGAUCGAGAAAAGACUCGGUCAGUUGGUGAGAUCCUAA